AUGGCACCCAAUUUGAAAUCCGACGAUUAUUAUCAAAUCUUGGGAGUACCAAGAGGCGCAGACGAUGGCGCCAUUCGAAAAGCUUACAAGAAGCUGGCAGUAAAGUGGCAUCCCGACAAGAAUCCUGGAGACGAAGAAGCAACCACAAAUUUUCAAAAGAUUAGUGAAGCCUACGCUACUUUGACAGAUGAAAAGAAGAGAAGAAUCUACGAUCAAUAUGGCAAAGACGCUGCCAACCAAGCCGACCAAAUGGACGAAUCCGACAUGCCGGGCGGUGGUGGAGUGCCAUUUGGCUUUCGACCGGGCGGUCAUGGUGGUCAUAGUCACGGCAUGAGCCAAGAAGAUGCAGCGAGGGUUUUUGCGCAAUUCUUUGGCGGUGGCGAUCCAUUUGGAGGAGGAAUGGGCGGCAUGGGAGGUAUGGGCGGCAUGCCAGGAGGCGUCCACAUUGAUUUUGGUGGUGGCGGCGGUGGAAGAGCAUCACAAGCAAUUCACGGUGGCGAUCCAUUUGCAGCCAUGUUUGGGGGUGGUAUGGGUGGCAUGCCCAUGGGUGGUAUGGGAGGCAUGCAAGGAGGUGGAUUUGGUGGUGGUCGUUCACGUGCCAGUUUCCCCAGCGCCAUGCCCCAACGACCACGGGAAAAGCGAUAUGAUGCCAUUCCAGAAGGAACAAUUGUGUCAUUAAAGGGAUUGGUUAGUCGACCAGAAAUGAAUGGGGACCGUGGAACAGUGAAACAUUAUGAUCCAAGUUCUAGUCGAUACAUUGUGGUUUUGGAAGAUUCCGAAGAAACCAUGAAGGUCAAACCAUCCAAUCUACUCCAACAUGUCCAUGUCAAGCUGCAUGGUCUAGAAAGCAAACCAGAAUGGAAUGGAGAAAAGGCAACAAUCAUUGCGUGGGAUGCCAAUAAUGAAAGAUACAAUAUCUAUGUUAUUGGAGUGUCCAAGGCCAUUAGUCUGAAACCAAGUAAUGUCAUUCUCGAUAAUGGCACAGUGGGAAUGAUCACUGGGCUCCAAUCGAAACCAGAAUUAAACGGCAAAUUUGGUACAAUCAAGAGUUUCAACAUUGAUUCAGGGCGAUAUGAUGUCCAACUAUCCAAGGACAAGGUUCUGAGACUGAAACUUGAAAACAUUCAUGUAUGA